AUGAGGGCCAUCAACGAGGCAAGAGCAAAUCCUCAGCUAGAGGAAGAAGAAGUUGAAGAAGACGAGUUUGUAAGAGAAGAAAUUGAAAAUGAGGCACGCUCCCAAUCAUUAGAAAGCGCUUCCAUACGAAAAAGACGCAGGAAAUCUGGAGGACCAGCUCAACCAGAUUCUCCGGUACAGCCAGAAUCUCCAGGGACUGACGGUUAUGUCCAAGAAACAGAGCAAACGAGUACGAGUUCAAGCCAAUCGAGAAGAGCAUCGGAGGAAUCUGAGCAAAAUUCACGGCGUAUAAAACGCAUCAAAAAAGUAAAAAGCGACCAGACUGAGGAUGAUGAGACAGAAGAAUCAAACAGUUCAAAAUCGAAGCAAUCGAAGAGUGCAUCAGAACAGUCUGAAGAAAAUUCACGGCGUAUAAGACGCAUCAAAAAAGUCAAAGGCGAUCAGACCGAGGAUGAUGAGACAGAAGAAUCAAACAGUUCAAAAUCGAACCAAUCGAAGAGUGCAUCAGAACAGUCUGAAGAAAAUUCACGUCGUAUAAGACGCAUCAAAAAAGUCAAAGGCGAUCAGACCGAGGAUGAUGAGACAGAAGAAUCAAACAGUUCAAAAUCGAACCAAUCGAAGAGUGCAUCAGAACAGUCUGAACAAAAUUCACGGCGUAUAAGACGCAUCAAAAAAGUCAAAGGCGAUCAGACUGAGGAUGAUGAGACAGAAGAAUCGAACAGUUCAAAAUCGAACCAAUCGAAGAGUGCAUCAGAACGUCAGAUCAAGACGACGAAGAUCAACCCGGUCAAACCGGACAUCCUAAAGAUAAAAAGCCUUGCCAUAAAGGUGGACCCGGAAAACCAGGACAACCAGGCGAACCAGCUACACCAGGUCAGCCAGGAAAGCCAGGAAUUCCAGGCCAACCAGGAAAGCCAGGACACCCAGGAGGACCAAACCACCCAGGAGGACCAGGCCACCCAGGAGGACCUGGAAAACCAGGACAACCAGGCGAACCAGCUAAACCAGGACAACCAGGCGAACCAGCUACACCAGGUCAGCCAGGAAAGCCAGGAAUUCCGGGCCAACCAGGAAAGCCAAGCCAACCAGAAGGACCAAGCCACCCAGGAGGACCUGGAAAACCAGGACAACCAGGCGAACCAGCCACACCAGGUCAGCCAGGAAAGCCAGGACACCCAGGAGGACCAAACCACCCAGGAGGACCAGGCCACCCAGGAGGACCUGGAAAACCAGGACAACCAGGCGAACCAGCUACACCAGGUCAGCCAGGAAAGCCAGGAAUUCCAGGCCAUCCAGGAAAGCCAGGACACCCAGGAGGACCAAACCACCCAGGAGGACCAGGCCACCCAGGAGGACCAGGCCACCCAGGAGGACCAGGAAAACCAGGACAACCAGGAAAGCCAGGACACCCAGGAGGACCAAACCACCCAGGAGGACCAGGCCACCCAGGAGGACCUGGAAAACCAGGACAACCAGGCGAACCAGCUACACCAGGUCAGCCAGGAAAGCCAGGAAUUCCAGGCCAUCCAGGAAAGCCAGGACACCCAGGAGGACCAAACCACCCAGGAGGACCAGGCCACCCAGGAGGACCAGGCCACCCAGGAGGACCAGGAAAACCAGGACAACCAGGAAAGCCAGGACACCCAGGAGGACCAAACCACCCAGGAGGACCAGGCCACCCAGGAGGACCAGGCCACCCAGGAGGACCAGGAAAACCAGGACAACCAGGCGAACCAGCUACACCAGGUCAGCCAGGAAAGCCAGGAAUUCCAGGCCAUCCAGGAAAGCCAGGACACCCAGGAGGACCAAACCACCCAGGAGGACCAGGAAAACCAGGACAACCAGGAAAGCCAGGACACCCAGGAGGGCCAAACCACCCAGGAGGACCUGGAACACCAGGACAACCAGGCCACCCAGGAGGACCAAACCACCCAGGAGGACCUGGAACACCAGGACAACCAGGAAAGCCAGGAGGACCAAACCACCCAGGAGGACCAGGAAAACCAGGACAACCAGGCGAACCAGCUACACCAGGUCAGCCAGGAAAGCCAGGAAUUCCAGGCCAUCCAGGAAAGCCAGGACACCCAGGAGGACCAAACCACCCAGGAGGACCAGGCCACCCAGGAGGACCUGGAAAACCAGGACAACCAGGCGAACCAGCUACACCAGGUCAGCCAGGAAAGCCAGGAAUUCCAGGCCAUCCAGGAAAGCCAGGACACCCAGGAGGACCAAACCACCCAGGAGGACCAGGCCACCCAGGAGGACCUGGAAAACCAGGACAACCAGGCGAACCAGCUACACCAGGUCAGCCAGGAAAGCCAGGAAUUCCAGGCCAUCCAGGAAAGCCAGGACACCCAGGAGGACCAAACCACCCAGGAGGACCAGGAAAACCAGGACAACCAGGAAAGCCAGGACACCCAGGAGGACCAAACCACCCAGGAGGACCAGGAAAACCAGGACAACCAGGAAAGCCAGGACACCCAGGAGGACCAAACCACCCAGGAGGACCUGGAACACCAGGACAACCAGGAAAGCCAGGAGGACCAAACCACCCAGGAGGACCAGGAAAACCAGGACAACCAGGAAAGCCAGGACACCCAGGAGGACCAAACCACCCAGGAGGACCUGGAACACCAGGACAACCAGGAAAGCCAGGACACCCAGGAGGACCAAACCACCCAGGAGGACCUGGAACACCAGGACAACCAGGAAAGCCAGGAGGACCAAACCACCCAGGAGGACCAGGAAAACCAGGACAACCAGGCGAACCAGCUACACCAGGUCAGCCAGGAAAGCCAGGAAUUCCAGGCCAUCCAGGAAAGCCAGGACACCCAGGAGGACCAAACCACCCAGGAGGACCAGGCCACCCAGGAGGACCAGGAAAACCAGGACAACCAGGAAAGCCAGGACACCCAGGAGGACCAAACCACCCAGGAGGACCAGGCCACCCAGGAGGACCUGGAAAACCAGGACAACCAGGCGAACCAGCUACACCAGGUCAGCCAGGAAUUCCAGGCCAUCCAGGAAAGCCAGGACACCCAGGAGGACCAAACCACCCAGGAGGACCAGGAAAACCAGGACAACCAGGAAAGCCAGGACACCCAGGAGGACCAAACCACCCAGGAGGACCUGGAACACCAGGACAACCAGGAAAGCCAGGAGGACCAAACCACCCAGGAGGACCAGGAAAACCAGGACAACCAGGCGAACCAGCUACACCAGGUCAGCCAGGAAAGCCAGGAAUUCCAGGCCAUCCAGGAAAGCCAGGACACCCAGGAGGACCAAACCACCCAGGAGGACCAGGCCACCCAGGAGGACCAGGCCACCCAGGAGGAUCAGGAAAACCAGGACAACCAGGAAAGCCAGGACACCCAGGAGGACCAAACCACCCAGGAGGACCAGGCCACCCAGGAGGACCAGGCCACCCAGGAGGACCAGGAAAACCAGGACAACCAGGCGAACCAGCUACACCAGGUCAGCCAGGAAAGCCAGGAAUUCCAGGCCAUCCAGGAAAGCCAGGACACCCAGGAGGACCAAACCACCCAGGAGGACCAGGCCACCCAGGAGGACCUGGAAAACCAGGACAACCAGGCGAACCAGCUACACCAGGUCAGCCAGGAAUUCCAGGCCAUCCAGGAAAGCCAGGAAUUCCAGGCCAUCCAGGAAAGCCAGGACACCCAGGAGGACCAAACCACCCAGGAGGACCAGGCCACCCAGGAGGACCAGGCCACCCAGGAGGACCAGGAAAACCAGGACAACCAGGAAAGCCAGGACACCCAGGAGGACCAAACCACCCAGGAGGACCAGGCCACCCAGGAGGACCAGGCCACCCAGGAGGACCAGGCCACCCAGGAGGACCAGGCCACCCAGGAGGACCAGGAAAACCAGGACAACCAGGCGAACCAGCUACACCAGGUCAGCCAGGAAAGCCAGGAAUUCCAGGCCAUCCAGGAAAGCCAGGAAUUCCAGGCCAUCCAGGAAAGCCAGGACACCCAGGAGGACCAAACCACCCAGGAGGACCAGGCCACCCAGGAGGACCAGGAAAACCAGGACAACCAGGAAAGCCAGGACACCCAGGAGGACCAGGCCACCCAGGAGGACCUGGAAAACCAGGACAACCAGGCGAACCAGCUACACCAGGUCAGCCAGGAAAGCCAGGAAUUCCAGGCCAUCCAGGAAAGCCAGGACACCCAGGAGGACCAAACCACCCAGGAGGACCAGGCCACCCAGGAGGACCAGGCCACCCAGGAGGACCAGGCCACCCAGGAGGACCAGGCCACCCAGGAGGACCAGGAAAACCAGGACAACCAGGCGAACCAGCUACACCAGGUCAGCCAGGAAAGCCAGGAAUUCCAGGCCAUCCAGGAAAGCCAGGACACCCAGGAGGACCAAACCACCCAGGAGGACCAGGCCACCCAGGAGGACCUGGAAAACCAGGACAACCAGGCGAACCAGCUACACCAGGUCAGCCAGGAAAGCCAGGAAUUCCAGGCCAUCCAAGAAAGCCAGGACACCCAGGAGGACCAAACCACCCAGGAGGACCAGGAAAACCAGGACAACCAGGAAAGCCAGGACACCCAGGAGGACCAAACCACCCAGGAGGACCAGGAAAACCAGGACAACCAGGAAAGCCAGGACACCCAGGAGGACCAAACCAACCAGGAGGACCAGGCCACCCAGGAGGACCAGGCCACCCAGGAGGACCAGGCCACCCAGGAGGACCAGGAAAACCAGGACAACCAGGAAAGCCAGGACACCCAGGAGGACCAAACCACCCAGGAGGACCAGGCCACCCAGGAGGACCAGGAAAACCAGGACAACCAGGAAAGCCAGGACACCCAGGAGGACCAGGCCACCCACCAGGAAAGCCAGGAAUUCCAGGCCAUCCAGGAAAGCCAGGAAUUCCAGGCCAUCCAGGAAAGCCAGGACACCCAGGAGGACCAAACCACCCAGGAGGACCAGGCCACCCAGGAGGACCAGGAAAACCAGGACAACCAGGAAAGCCAGGACACCCAGGAGGACCAGGCCACCCAGGAGGACCUGGAAAACCAGGACAACCAGGCGAACCAGCUACACCAGGUCAGCCAGGAAAGCCAGGAAUUCCAGGCCAUCCAGGAAAGCCAGGACACCCAGGAGGACCAAACCACCCAGGAGGACCAGGCCACCCAGGAGGACCAGGCCACCCAGGAGGACCAGGAAAACCAGGACAACCAGGAAAGCCAGGACACCCAGGAGGACCAAACCACCCAGGAGGACCAGGCCACCCAGGAGGACCAGGCCACCCAGGAGGACCAGGCCACCCAGGAGGACCAGGCCACCCAGGAGGACCAGGAAAACCAGGACAACCAGGAAAGCCAGGACACCCAGGAGGACCAAACCACCCAGGAGGACCAGGCCACCCAGGACAACCAGGCGAACCAGCUACACCAGGUCAGCCAGGCAUUCCAGGACAACCUGGACAACCAGCCACACCAGGACAGCCAGGCAUUCCAGGACAACCUGGACAACCAGCCACACCAGGACAGCCAGGCAUUCCAGGACAACCUGGACAACCAGGCCACCCUAGCGGACCAGGUCACCCAGGACAACCAGCUACACCAGGACAGCCAGGCAUUCCAGGACAACCUGGACAACCAGGCCAGCCAGCCACACCAGGACAGCCAGGAAUUCCAGGACAACCUGGACAACCAGCCACACCAGGACAGCCAGGCAUUCCAGGACAACCUGGACAACCAGGCCACCCUAGCGGACCAGGUCACCCAGGACAACCAGCUACACCAGGACAGCCAGGCAUUCCAGGACAACCUGGACAACCAGGCCAGCCAGCCACACCAGGACAGCCAGGCAUUCCAGGACAACCUGGACAACCAGGCCACCCUAGCGGACCAGGUCACCCAGGACAACCAGCUAUACCAGGACAGCCAGGCAUUCCAGGACAACCUGGACAACCAGCCACACCAGGACAGCCAGGCGUUCCAGGACAACCAGGCCAGCCAGCCACACCAGGACAGCCAGGCAUUCCAGGACAACCUGGACAACCAGCCACACCAGGACAGCCAGGCAUUCCAGGACAACCUGGACAACCAGCCACACCAGGACAGCCAGGCAUUCCAGGACAACCUGGACAACCAGGCCACCCUAGCGGACCAGGUCACCCAGGACAACCAGCUAUACCAGGACAGCCAGGCAUUCCAGGACAACCUGGACAACCAGCCACACCAGGACAGCCAGGCGUUCCAGGACAACCAGGCCAGCCAGCCACACCAGGACAGCCAGGCAUUCCAGGACAACCUGGACAACCAGCCACACCAGGACAGCCAGGCAUUCCAGGACAACCUGGACAACCAGCCACACCAGGACAGCCAGGCAUUCCAGGACAACCUGGACAACCAGGCCACCCUAGCGGACCAGGUCACCCAGGACAACCAGCUACACCAGGACAGCCAGGCAUUCCAGGACAACCUGGACAACCAGGCCACCCUAGCGGACCAGGUCACCCAGGACAACCAGCUACACCAGGACAGCCAGGCAUUCCAGGACAACCUGGACAACCAGCCACACCAGGACAGCCAGGCGUUCCAGGACAACCAGGCCAGCCAGCCACACCAGGACAGCCAGGCAUUCCAGGACAACCUGGACAACCAGCCACACCAGGACAGCCAGGCAUUCCAGGACAACCUGGACAACCAGCCACACCAGGACAGCCAGGCAUUCCAGGACAACCUGGACAACCAGGCCACCCUAGCGGACCAGGUCACCCAGGACAACCAGCUAUACCAGGACAGCCAGGCAUUCCAGGACAACCUGGACAACCAGCCACACCAGGACAGCCAGGCGUUCCAGGACAACCAGGCCAGCCAGCCACACCAGGACAGCCAGGCAUUCCAGGACAACCUGGACAACCAGCCACACCAGGACAGCCAGGCAUUCCAGGACAACCUGGACAACCAGCCACACCAGGACAGCCAGGCAUUCCAGGACAACCUGGACAACCAGGCCACCCUAGCGGACCAGGUCACCCAGGACAACCAGCUACACCAGGACAGCCAGGCAUUCCAGGACAACCUGGACAACCAGGCCACCCUAGCGGACCAGGUCACCCAGGACAACCAGCUACACCAGGACAGCCAGGCAUUCCAGGACAACCUGGACAACCAGGCCAGCCAGCCACACCAGGACAGCCAGGAAUUCCAGGACAACCAGCUACACCAGGACAGCCAGGCAUUCCAGGACAACCUGGACAACCAGGCCACCCUAGCGGACCAGGUCACCCAGGACAACCAGCUAUACCAGGACAGCCAGGCAUUCCAGGACAACCUGGACAACCAGCCACACCAGGACAGCCAGGCGUUCCAGGACAACCAGGCCAGCCAGCCACACCAGGACAGCCAGGCAUUCCAGGACAACCUGGACAACCAGGCCACCCUAGCGGACCAGGUCACCCAGGACAACCAGCUAUACCAGGACAGCCAGGCAUUCCAGGACAACCUGGACAACCAGCCACACCAGGACAGCCAGGCGUUCCAGGACAACCAGGCCAGCCAGCCACACCAGGACAGCCAGGCAUUCCAGGACAACCUGGACAACCAGGCCACCCUAGCGGACCAGGUCACCCAGGACAACCAGCUACACCAGGACAGCCAGGCAUUCCAGGACAACCUGGACAACCAGGCCAGCCAGCCACACCAGGACAGCCAGGCAUUCCAGGACAACCUGGACAACCAGCCACACCAGGACAGCCAGGCAUUCCAGGACAACCUGGACAACCAGCCACACCAGGACAGCCAGGCAUUCCAGGACAACCUGGACAACCAGGCCAGCCAGCCACACCAGGACAGCCAGGAAUUCCAGGACAACCAGGCCAGCCAGCCACACCAGGACAGCCAGGCAUUCCAGGACAACCUGGACAACCAGCCACACCAGGACAGCCAGGCAUUCCAGGACAACCUGGACAACCAGCCACACCAGGACAGCCAGGCAUUCCAGGACAACCUGGACAACCAGGCCACCCUAGCGGACCAGGUCACCCAGGACAACCAGCUACACCAGGACAGCCAGGCAUUCCAGGACAACCUGGACAACCAGGCCACCCUAGCGGACCAGGUCACCCAGGACAACCAGCUACACCAGGACAGCCAGGCAUUCCAGGACAACCUGGACAACCAGCCACACCAGGACAGCCAGGCGUUCCAGGACAACCAGGCCAGCCAGCCACACCAGGACAGCCAGGCAUUCCAGGACAACCUGGACAACCAGCCACACCAGGACAGCCAGGCAUUCCAGGACAACCUGGACAACCAGCCACACCAGGACAGCCAGGCAUUCCAGGACAACCUGGACAACCAGGCCACCCUAGCGGACCAGGUCACCCAGGACAACCAGCUAUACCAGGACAGCCAGGCAUUCCAGGACAACCUGGACAACCAGCCACACCAGGACAGCCAGGCGUUCCAGGACAACCAGGCCAGCCAGCCACACCAGGACAGCCAGGCAUUCCAGGACAACCUGGACAACCAGCCACACCAGGACAGCCAGGCAUUCCAGGACAACCUGGACAACCAGCCACACCAGGACAGCCAGGCAUUCCAGGACAACCUGGACAACCAGGCCACCCUAGCGGACCAGGUCACCCAGGACAACCAGCUACACCAGGACAGCCAGGCAUUCCAGGACAACCUGGACAACCAGGCCACCCUAGCGGACCAGGUCACCCAGGACAACCAGCUACACCAGGACAGCCAGGCAUUCCAGGACAACCUGGACAACCAGGCCAGCCAGCCACACCAGGACAGCCAGGAAUUCCAGGACAACCAGCUACACCAGGACAGCCAGGCAUUCCAGGACAACCUGGACAACCAGGCCACCCUAGCGGACCAGGUCACCCAGGACAACCAGCUAUACCAGGACAGCCAGGCAUUCCAGGACAACCUGGACAACCAGCCACACCAGGACAGCCAGGCGUUCCAGGACAACCAGGCCAGCCAGCCACACCAGGACAGCCAGGCAUUCCAGGACAACCUGGACAACCAGGCCACCCUAGCGGACCAGGUCACCCAGGACAACCAGCUAUACCAGGACAGCCAGGCAUUCCAGGACAACCUGGACAACCAGCCACACCAGGACAGCCAGGCGUUCCAGGACAACCAGGCCAGCCAGCCACACCAGGACAGCCAGGCAUUCCAGGACAACCUGGACAACCAGGCCACCCUAGCGGACCAGGUCACCCAGGACAACCAGCUACACCAGGACAGCCAGGCAUUCCAGGACAACCUGGACAACCAGGCCAGCCAGCCACACCAGGACAGCCAGGCAUUCCAGGACAACCUGGACAACCAGCCACACCAGGACAGCCAGGCAUUCCAGGACAACCUGGACAACCAGCCACACCAGGACAGCCAGGCAUUCCAGGACAACCUGGACAACCAGGCCACCCUAGCGGACCAGGUCACCCAGGACAACCAGCUAUACCAGGACAGCCAGGCAUUCCAGGACAACCUGGACAACCAGCCACACCAGGACAGCCAGGCGUUCCAGGACAACCAGGCCAGCCAGCCACACCAGGACAGCCAGGCAUUCCAGGACAACCUGGACAACCAGGCCACCCUAGCGGACCAGGUCACCCAGGACAACCAGCUACACCAGGACAGCCAGGCAUUCCAGGACAACCUGGACAACCAGGCCAGCCAGCCACACCAGGACAGCCAGGCAUUCCAGGACAACCUGGACAACCAGCCACACCAGGACAGCCAGGCAUUCCAGGACAACCAGGCCACCCUGGCGGACCAGGUCACCCAGGACAUCCAGCUAUACCAGGACAGCCAGGCAUUCCAGGACAACCAGGCCACCCUGGCGGACCAGGUCACCCAGGACAACCAGCUAUACCAGGACAGCCAGGCAUUCCAGGACAACCUGGACAACCAGGCCAGCCAGCCACACCAGGACAGCCAGGCAUUCCAGGACAACCUGGACAACCAGCCACACCAGGACAGCCAGGCAUUCCAGGACAACCAGCUACACCAGGACACCCAUGCCAGCCAGCCACACCAGGACAGCCAGGCAUACCAGGACAACCAGGCAUACCAGGACAGCCAGGUGGACCAGGAAUCCCAGCCACACCAGGACAGCCCGGACAGCCAGGCACACCAGGACAGCCAGGACAACCAGGAGGACCAGGAAUUCCAGCCACACCUGGACAUCCAGGCACUCCAGGACACCCAGGAUCAGGCCCAGCCCAUGGACACCCGAGACCAGGACGCCCAGGCACCCCAGGGCAGCCUGGAAUACCAGGCCGGCCAGGAACACCAGGACAUCCAGGCAGACCAGGAACUCCAGCUAUCCCAGGACAUAAAUGGAAUCCACGACUCCGACACCCGUUCCUACCACAACCUCCUCUCUGGAGGGACGUUGAAGAAAUCGAAGCCAUCGACGAGAUCGAAGAAGACUUAG